UUUGUAGUGUAAUGAGUAGCAUCAUGACAGAACUCUAUCCCUAGGCAUAUCAUUGUCUGUCUCCAGGUUUCUCCUUCCUACUCCCUACACUCACUCGCAUUGAUCUAACGUGUGUACUUGUAUAAGAACCGCAGCCUGCCUGCUGUACCAUUGACUCAUGCAUUCAUGUACCGCUGGACUUGCUGGCUGCGCAUCACUAACCCUUCCCCUUCUAUGGCACAGUCCCCGCAUGCACUGAACGCAGUACUCGGGUGCGCGUGCGUAUUCAUGUCUGAGUGCACUGCCCUUGGGCUCCAUCUAUACAUGGCAUCCCGUACUGGGCACGCUGCUUCCGGUCGCUGCUGUGUGCACGCAGCACCGCCGUCCAUUCCGCUCUCUGUCUUCUUUACACAGUGAUUCCCGAUUGGAAUCACCUCUUCGUUUCUGCUCUCCUUGUAGUAAGUUGUGCUUUUCCGUGUCCGAUAAUGUUCCCCCUUUUGCAAUAAACAGUCAGGCGAAACUACUCUAAGUAGCUACCGCUACAUGGCGCAGUGAACAGGAUCAGUGAUAACAAAAUAACAUUGAUCCGCAACGAACCUGGUCUGCAACUUCAGGAUCUAGGAUGGCUCGCGUUCGACAACGCCGGCGAUCGCGAUAAAUCUCAGGAAGUGGAGACGAAACUCUCGGCGUACGUCACGCCCGUGUCCAACGUCGUCCACGGACGAACGAUGUUCGAACGCGACACACAGUCGCCAUCCGAGACCGUGGACGAGUCACUUCUGCAUCGUCUCUACGGCGGCGCGGACAACGGCGACUUCAAGGACGCUCGCGAUGGCCGCAUCCGCGAUCGCUUCACGACACACCACUGCAAGCCAACAGCAACAGCUUACUGCAACGGCUUACUGCAACGGCUUACUGCAACGGCUUACUGCAACGGCGUACUGCAACGGCUCACUGCAACGGCCCACUGCAACGGCUCACUGCAACAGCUUACUGCAACGGCUUACUGCAACGGCUUACUGCAACGGCUUACUGCAACGGCGUACUGCAACGGCUCACUGCAACGGCCCACUGCAACGGCUUACUGCAACAGCUUACUGCAACAGCUUACUGCAACAGCUCACUGCAACGGCUCACUGCAUCAGCUUACUGCAACGGCUUACUGCAACGGCUUACUGCAACGGCUUACUGCAACGGCUUACUGCAACCUGCAACGGCUUACUGCAACGGCUCACUGCAACGGCCCACUGCUUACUGCAACCUGCAACGGCUUACUGCAACGGCUCACUGCAACGGCCCACUGCAACGGCUCACUGCAACGGCUCACUGCAACGGCUUACUGCAACGGCUUACUGCAACGGCUGACUGCAACAGCUUACUGCAACGGCUCACUGCAACACCUCACGGCUACUCCCGCCGCAGCCCGAAGCCACCAAGCGGUGGAGAAGCUCCUGUGGCGAGCCAAAACGGCAUGCCUGCAGCCGCCGAGCCCAACACAAGUGCCACCUCCACUACCUGUUCAAGUCGCACAGCCAUUGCACCGGAGCGGCUCAUCUCGACAAUGUAAACAUGGACCUGCAACUCUUUCCGUUAGGGGAGAUGUGGUGUAAUAAGUAACAUCAUGACAGAACUCUAUCCCUGGGCAUAGCAUUGUCUGGGCCUGCAACUCUUUCCGUUAGGGGAGAUGUAGUGUAAUGAGUAGCAUCAUGACAGAACUCUAUCCCUAGGCAUAUCAUUGUCUGUCUCCAGGUUUCUCCUUCCUACUCCCUACACUCACUCGCAUUGAUCUAACGUGUGUACUUGUAUAAGAACCGCAGCCUGCCUGCUGUACCAUUGACUCAUGCAUUCAUGUACCGCUGGACUUGCUGGCUGCGCAUCACUAACCCUUCCCCUUCUAUGGCACAGUCCCCGCAUGCACUGAACGCAGUACUCGGGUGCGCGUGCGUAUUCAUGUCUGAGUGCACUGCCCUUGGGCUCCAUCUAUACAUGGCAUCCCGUACUGGGCACGCUGCUUCCGGUCGCUGCUGUGUGCACGCAGCACCGCCGUCCAUUCCGCUCUCUGUCUUCUUUACACAGUGAUUCCCGAUUGGAAUCACCUCUUCGUUUCUGCUCUCC